AUGUCUUCACCUCAGACAAACUCGCACCAUUACUCGGACACUGCCUACUCACACACUCCGGCUGCCCAUCUCCGCAAUGAUUCUCUCCAAUCAGACAUCAACGAUUCGGAGCUAAUCCAUCACCUCUACUUCGAGGACAACGAUAGUUUCUUCCCACCGAGCUGGAUAGGCAAUGACGGUGACCUCUCAGAACACAAGCCGUCAACAGACAGCCCUCUGAGUGAUGGAUUUGAUGGAUCGAAGAAUGGAGAGCCGCCGCAGCCAUCUGGGAAGAAGGAGCAUCUUGAUUAA